AAUGGCUUCUGCAUUCCCAAAAUUACCAGGUUUUGUACCAACAUAAGAAUUAGACGUAUAUUUAAAAUUAAUCUAAGAAACCAAACUUUAGAAAAGUGUCUUCUGUAAAAUAAGAAUAAAAUCGAGAAAUAGUAACAAAUUGAAGUUUUACAAUAUAAUAGAAGCAACUGCCAAAUAAAGAAUACCCUGUUCCUAGAAAAUAGCCUGUUUAAAUUCCUCCUUAAUCAGGAAUGUUUAAUCCAGAUUACUUAAGCACCACACAUGCAAUGCAUAUGCCAAAGGUACUUUGAUAAAAUAUAUUAUAUGAGAAUGUGGCAAAUGAUUCAGAAGAGCUUUAUUAACCAAGUUGGGUUAAGAUGGAUAGACAUGUUCUAAGAUUUAGUGGUUAUUUUAAAGAAGCAGUUGUUGAAUCAGCUCUAGAGAAUUACAGAAUUCGCAAAAUAACAAUCUUUUACUAUUUAGAAGAUCACUCUUUAAGUAUUACAGAGCCCAAAUAAGAAAAUAGUGGAGUUCCUCAGGGAGCAUUUCUAAAGAGAUAAAAAGUAGCAGUAUAUUUAUAAUUUAAAGGUUUUAAGAGCUGAUGGAUCAAAGACAUUUAUUAUUCCUGAAGAUUUUAGAAUAAACCAAGAUAUUGAAAUAUUUGGUAAAACAAUUAGAUUAUAUGAUUGUGAUCAAUAUACUAGAGAAUUUUAUGAGGUUUUAAAAUGAUUUUAAUUUUAUUAGGGAAUAGGUUAAUAAUAAGCACCAUCAUUUAAUCCAGGUUGUGAUUCUUUUGAGACUAAAACUAUGACUAAGUAUAUACCAUAAAAAGAUACAGUCAUGAAAGAUUAUCUUGAACAUAAAUUAGGUGGAGGCAAAGUUACAUCAUAAAAAUAAUUUUUAGAAAAUGACAGAAAAGUAAAUUGAUUAUUAUUUAUAUAUAGGUGCUUAAAUUUUAUGUAUUUUCAGAUAUUGAUUAUGUUUUACAUUAUUAUUUGGCUGAUGAUACCAUUGAAAUUAAAGAAAUCAAUUCAGCCAAUUCUGGUAGAGUUCCAUUUCCAAUGAUGUUGAGAAGAUAAAAAUUACCUCGUAAAUUCUCACUCAAUCAACCUGGUCAAACUUAUGCAGAAGAUUUUAUUAGACCAUAAGAUAUUCAAUUUGGAUAACCAUUAAUUAUUUACAACAGAAAGUUUUUAAUUAAAGGUUGUGAUCCAUUUACAAGAUAUUAUUAUUAAGAAAAAUUUAAUGUAGAUUUUCCUUUGGGUGGUUAAGAAGAAUUCUAAUAAGAAUAAAAAUCAAGUAUUUAUAUUAAUUUAUUUAGAUAUCAUUAUACCACCUCAUAAUGGAAUAGGAGAUGAAUAGGAUUCAUUAGGUUACAUAUAUAGACUUUAACCUAUACCUCCAAAAAAAGAUUUCUUUAAAUGGGUUGACAAUCAAGUCAAUUUAAGAUUUUUAGCUAUGUUCAAUACAACAAAACCAGAGGAUAAAGAUAGGUAUGUAUUUCUUAAAAAUAAAAAUAAUAGAGUUUUUGUUAUCACAUUUUUCUUGAAUGAUGAUAGUCUUUUGGUUUAUGAGCCAACUGUAAGAAAUUCAGGAAUCCCAGAUGGUAAAUUUUUGGAGAAACGUAAAUACAAAAAUGUAAACAAUAAUAAUGAAUAUUUUGCUCCUCAAGAUUUAAUUGUAGGAAAUGAAGUUAUAAUAAAUGGAUGGAGAUUUCAGUUGCUUGAUUGUGAUGAAUUCACUAAAAAAUGGUAUGCUGAAAGUUUUAAAUGA